AUGGCGAUCGGCAUCAUCUCGCAGAAGGCGCCGCGUAAGGAGGAGAUCGCAAAUGCGCAGGAGGAGGCCCCGGCCUUUGAGAGGGUCGACUGGAAAAGGGACCCCGGUUUGAGGAAGCUAUACUUUUACUGCUUCAUACUCUGCGUUGCUUCGGCGACUACUGGUUACGACGGCUCGUUCUUCAACUCGGUGCAAGUAUUCGACAAGUGGAAGGCUUUCUUCAAUAACCCGCAAGGAUCACAACUAGGUCUCCUUGCUGCUUUAUACCAGAUUGGUAGCCUGGGUUCGAUUCCCCUAGUCCCUCUAAUAGCUGAUAACUAUGGCCGAAAAAUGCCAAUUAUUGUCGGUUGUGUCAUCAUGAUCGUUGGUGCUAUUCUCCAGGGAACUGCCCAGAACAUCAACUCGUUCAUGGGUGGUCGUGUCAUGAUGGGAUUCGGAAACACACCGGGUCGUCUCACGGCCGUCUACAACUGUCUAUGGAACGCAGGUGCCAUUGUCGUCACAUGGCUUUCUUUCGGCACGAACUACAUCCAAAACGAUUGGUCGUGGCGUAUUCCCGCCAUCCUUCAGGCCCUUCCUUCCAUCAUCCAGAUCACCUUCAUCUGGUGGAUCCCCGAGUCGCCCCGAUACCUCAUGGCCAAGGACAAGCACGAACAGGCCCUCGCGAUCCUCACCAAGUACCACGCCAACGGCGACGCCCACCACCCGACGGUCCAGUUCGAGUACCGCGAGAUUAGGGAGACCAUCAAGCUAGAGAUGGAGAGCAAGACCAACAGCAGCUACCUUGACUUCUUCAGGACUAAGGGAAACCGUUACCGAUUGGCGGUCCUCCUGUCUCUAGGUCUCUUUUCCCAAUGGUCUGGUAAUGCUAUCAUCUCCAACUUUGCCAGCACGCUCUACGACCAGGCUGGUGUGACGGACUCCAACUCCAAGUUCGGUCUUUCCGGAGGUCAAAUGAUCUUGUCUCUUAUCGUCUCGGUUACCAUGGCCACGCUCGUGGACCGAUGGGGUCGCCGAACGAUGUUCCUCACCUCGACUGCCGGUAUGUUCGGCGUGUUUAUAUUCUGGACACUCUGUGCGGGUUUAUAUGGCGAGCACCGCUCCCCUGGCGCCAACUAUGCCAUGAUCUUCUUCAUCUGGCUGUUUAGUUUCUUCUACUCGUUCGCGUGGUCGGGUCUGCUCGUCGGUUACGCCAUCGAAAUCCUGCCUUACAAGCUUCGUGCCAAGGGUCUUAUGGUCUUAAACAUUAUGAUCCAGGCCGCCUUGUGCCUCAACGUGUACGCCAACCCAGUCGCCUUCGAGGCUUUCGGUCUGGACCACUCCUGGAAGCUGUAUAUCAUCUAUACCUGCUGGAUCUUCUGCGAGUUGGCCUUCGUGUACUUCAUCCAAGUCAUCGACGGCGAGGACGCGGCUGUUGCUCACUUGAACCUGGAGCAGGUCGAGAAGGAGGUUGCGAUCGAGACCCACGACAUGCCUCAAAAGGUGUAA